AUGUCAAUGCGGUCCCAUUAUGACCCUAUUCAUGAUACCAAUGGCGAGCAGCCUCAGCAGCCUCGGCCUCAGCAGACCAGGGUGAACAUUUCUAGUCUUUUAGCGGAGAAUAAUCCAUCGUUGGAACCCCUGGAGCCCGUGGAAAUAUAUAACCACGAGAGCGACCUGACAAUCGAUACCGAUGAAGAACAGAUGAAUGACCAAGCUGAUGUGUCGACAAUGAGCCAACAACACACAUUUAUCACCGAGAAUCCAGGUCCAUUCAACAAUAAUUCUUCUGAUGAUAAUAAUUCGAAACAACAACAACAACAACAACAACAACAACAACAAGCACCACCACCACCACCAGCAGGAACUUUCUCGUCGACCACCCUGACCCCUACAAAACUCCCAUCGGUGAAGAUCCCUAUCGAUGGGAUGAUCAAUGCCCCAAAAUUACCAAGCCCAUUAAAGAAAUCAAUGAAUGCCGAUCCUUUUGCAUCGCCAAUUGCUACAGGUGGUGGCAAUAGUGAUAUCAAUCAUCAUAAUAAUAAUAAUAAUAAUAAUAAUAAUAAUAUUAAUACCGUUGCUGGUGAUUCUUCUACCAUCACCGAUGCCAAUGGAUCAUUUGUUAAUUCUUUCCAGAAUACUGGGGCCAAUAAACGGACGAACCAAACAUUGCUUAUCAGUGCCAAGCUGUUCCAUAUUAAAAAAAAGGAUGGUCAACCUUUAUGGCGUGAGGAUAUCCAAUACGAUUUCCUAAGCGAAGUCUUUCAUAACGAUGUGGUGGCAUUCACCAGCCCAUACCAGCUCAGUCCUUCUGGUGGGGUUCAGAAAGUCAAUUUUGCCGAUUUGUACAUCAGUACCAUGGCUUAUUCUAAUAAGACCUCCAAAGUUUUAAGAGAACGGCUAUUAACUGAUAAGACCAUGUCAAUUCCAGUAUGUAUGGUUUCGUUAUUGGUGAAUGUUGGGAGAAUGAACACCACCGUGAAUUUUGUUCCGGAAAUGAAAUCACAAUUACGAACUUUCCAUUCGAUCCCGUCGCUUCAACAAGGGAAAAGCCACGAUAAUAAAAUCUUGCAAGAUUCUCCUCGAUUGAAAAGUAUUUUGAAAUCGUGGUCCGAAGCUAAGAAACACCCGACAAAGUUCGAAGAGUUGUUCAACCAACCGCUAGUUCCCGAUACCAAAUUCCCGAAAACUAACGUCAUCAAUUUGAUUUUCAUGUUGUGUUGUUAUGAGCAUUUAAUUUUCCAACAUUUUGACCCCGUCAAUCUUGAAAAUGGCACCAGUAGGAACUUUGUUUCCGAAUCCCCGUCGUUUUUAGGUGAAGAUUUGACCAAACCUGACCAAGCCCCAUUCAAUUGUUUGUUUUUAAACUUUAAGACCACUCCAAAAUCUCGAGCCCAACGGUUUUUGUGGUUAUUGUACAAUUACUUGGAAACCAAUUUGACAAAAGAAGAAAUUUUGAACAACCCGUUCAAAGAUCCCGAGAAUCCGUUGCUGAUUCCCGCGUUGGUGCCAAUUCCUGACGGAAUGAACUUCGAUAUCGAUACUCCCCAAGAAGUAGAAUACGCCAAGACCAUGGAAGAAGUGCGGAUGAAUUUCUUGAAAACCGACGGUAAUCCGGAUUUGAUGGAAAAUGGCAACAAAUCAGAGAAAUCAAAGGAUGAUGGAGGAUCAGAAAAGCCAAAGAAGGGUGGGCGAGCCGUGAGGAACUCAGGGAAAUCCGCCAAAGCUGCGGGGAAUAAUGGUAAUAAUAAUAAUAAUACUAAUAAUAAUAAGAAAGUUGGUGAUUCUAAAAAUAAUACUGCGAAACCCAAACCCGACGAUAUUCACAAGGAGAUUUUCAAGAAUAAUAAGGCAAGAAGCAAGUUCCAACGUCAUUAUAAUGGUAAUAUCAUGUAUCUGACUCAUUCUAUCCUUAACGAUGAAUUGAUAGAAGAAGAGGAUGCGAAGUUCGAUGGUGAUGGGAAAAUUGUUUCACGAGAGGUGGGGAAUCGUAAAAAAAGAUAUAAUGGAGAUUUUGGGGAGUUCGCCACUACUUGUCUUAAGAUGUUUAAAGCAGGAAAGAACUAUCAUGAAGCACAUUACCUUGAACAGGCAAAGAAUGGUGAGAAUGAAGUUAAGGUUGAACUCAAGUUGGGUGAAGAUGGUACGACAAUUAGUGGAUUUUCGAUUGAUAUUUGA